GCAAGUGCUACCUAGCUCGAGACGCUAGCUGGAAAGCGUUUGGAAUUUGAUGAUAAGAAAAAGAAGUAGAAGCAGCAGAAACAGAUAAGUGAAACGCGCAGAGUCACCAUUAAGGAACACCAUGGAGGAACAAAGUGCAGACAUAGAAGUGACUGUGAAAACAUUAGACUCUCAAAGCAGAACUUACACUGUCGGUGCUCAGUUGACUGUGAAAGAGUUCAAGGAGCACAUUGCGUCUUCUGUGGGCAUCCCCAUUGACAAACAGAGGCUGAUCUACCAGGGCAGAGUCUUGCAGGAUGAAAGGACCUUGGCAGACUACAAUGUAGGCGGCAAGGUGAUUCACCUGGUGGAGCGCGCGCCCCCUCCACCCUCCCAGCCCGGCUCGGGGUCGGGCGGCACCUCUGCCGACGGCUCGUCGUCGGCCCAGGAUGGGGCCCAGCCGCCUCCGCAUGAUCGCAAUGCCAACAGCUACGUCAUGCUGGGCACCUUCAACCUCCCCGUCAACAUCAUGGACCCCCAACAAAUACAGAUGUCGGUUCAGCAGAUGGUGUCCGGCAUGGGGGACAAUGCGAGGAACGCCAGAGUGACGACCAGCACUGGGAGCAAUGGAUCGGUGAACGUGCACAUCGACAUGGAUCAGCCGGUGCAAAGCGAACCUCGGCUGAGGCUGGUGCUCGCUGAGAACAUGCUGAGGGACAUCAAUGAUCUUAUCGAAAGGAUGGAGGGUCGGACGGCCGACCCAUCUGUCCAUGCCCAAAGAGAGACUCCGUCCGCCGUCGUCCCACCACCUCCCUCAUCCUCGUCCACCACCUCCACACCGUCCCCCUCUGCUCAGCCCAUGGACACAUCCCCUCCUCCUGUCACACCACCACCUCCGCCCACCACCUCUUCGGCACCGUCAGAGGGACCGACGCCUCAACCUGGACCCAAUCAUCCCAGCCCGGCCGAGCUGGCAGAGAUGUUGUCAGAAUUACGGCGGGUGGAGGAGAGGCUGCAGCCCUUUGUCCAGAGAGCUCACACCAUCCUGGAGACGGCCACCUCCGCAGAAUACAACAACAACACGGAAAGAGAGGACGACCAGCAGACGCUGGUCCUCACGUGGGAGUGUCUCCGUCUCCUGGGAAAUGCCCUGGUGGCCUUGAGCGACCUGCGGCUGAACCUCCUGAGCCCUGUGCCGCGCCACCUCCACGUGGUGCGGCCCAUUUCCCACUAUACCGUUCCCGUCACGAUGCCCGGCACCGUGCACCACCACACCCCCAUUCAAAUGAACCUGGGUGCCACCAUGUCUGCCACGGCCAACGGCACCGAGGGACAAGCCCCGCCCGCUGGCCAGUCGGAGCAGGCAGGUCUGGGACAGACCUCUUCUCCACAGACGUCCCCGUCCAAUCAGCAGGCUGGACAGGGACAGGGACAGGGACAGGGCCAGGCUGGCCCUCGCGUCAUCAGGAUCAGCCACCAGGCAGGCCCGGUGGUCAUGAUGCAGAUGAACACGGACGGCACAGGCCCGAACCCUGCGGCUGGUCAUCAGAUGCCAGGACAGCCAGGUGGUCUUCCCCCGGACUUCAUGCGUAAUCUCAUGCAACAGAUCACCCAGUACGCCACGGCUGUGGCGACCAGCGCCGCCACCACAGGCCAACCGAUCCCGCCGCAGCCCACUCCUCCCGGUUACGGCUCCACGGCCAACUCCUCGGCCACCACCACGGGUCCCAACACCCCGACCACCACGCCCACCGCGCCGCCGCCGCCCCCUCACGCUGGCCCCCAUCCUCAGGCCAGAGUAGUGUUCACCCGGCCGCCCUUUGCUCCCAACAUCCCUCUUCCGGGGUUUGGCAGCCGAGGGACUACCAUCAACCUGAGAGCAGCCAUGCCGGGGCAGCAGUCGGGACAGACGUUCAACGCUGCUGCUGUCAACCAGAUGAUUAGCGCGGUUGUUGGUCAGCUUCUGAUGCCAGGACAAAUGGCUGGUCAGGCGGCUAACACCUCUUCGUCCUCCACUUCGACCUCCACGUCCUCCUCCGCAUCCUCUUCCACCUCCUCCCAAACGUCAUCCACCACCUCAUCCUCCUCCUUCUCCGUCUCGAACGGCGACGCCAACAAUGCCAGCCCGCCGAGUCAGCCCGAGGGCAACGGCGGCGAGCAGGCCCCGCCGCCCGAGAUACAGCCGGACCUCGGCCAGAUGCUCAGCUCCCUGCUCGGCGCCAGCGGCCAGGCGGGGGCGCCCUCCAUCACGGUCACCACCUCCACCAUUCCCAACCUCAUGCAGGGAGUGGCCGACUUGAUGCAGCAGGCCUCGCAGCCCAUCUUCUCCCAGCCGGCUCCACCUCCGCCCCCCGCUGGCACCACCGGCGCUCCCAACGCAGGCUCCAAUCAGACGUCGAACCCUGCGGCGGCGCCUGACGCCCUCAACCCGGAACCCUUCAUCGGCAUCGUCCGCGGCGUCCUGACCAGUAUGAUGGGUUCCCUGGGCCAGGCGCAGAACGACACUGAGAGCAUUGCACAAUUCAUGCAGAGGCUCUCGCAGAGCACCAACAUCUUCAUCAGUCCCGAGGAGCCAUCUGGGUUCUUCGGCGAGCUGCUGAUGCUGGUUUGCCAGACCUUCACCAUGUCUGAUCUGGUCAUGCUGCUUCACGGCCAUCACCAGCCGCUGGGGCGCAUCCAGCCCCAGCUGGCCCAGUUCUUCCGCCAGAACUACCUCAACGGCCGGGAGCCCACCGAUGCAAACAUCGCCGCCGCUGCUGAAACCAUCGUGCGAGACCUGGAAGAAGACAUCACUGAGAGCUUUAGGGAAUCCUCGGUCACUGUGCUGGAGGGCGUGGACGUGACCCAGACCAACAUGUCCUUCUUCAGACAGCAGUUGACGCACAUCGCCACGCACAUCCUACGCUGUACAGAUGAUUCUUUCGGGCCUCGUCUGCUUCAGUUGUGCAACCAGGCUCUAUUUGAGUGUCUGGCUCUCAACCUGCACUGCCUGAGAGGAGACCAACGCGCUCUGACCACCGUCAUCAACCACCGCAUCCGGAGGAUGUCGAGCGACAUCAGCCCCAGCCUGCUCAACUGGAUGACCAGCAUGAUGACCAUGAGGCUGCAGUUCAUCCUGGAGAACCUCCCCAUCACGCAGGAGCAAAUCCAGAAUUACAUUGUUUACACGCAGAGGGCUCAGUCUACUGCCACCGACACACAGGACCCAGAACGGACACAAAGCACAACGAUGAGCGACACCCUCUCGCCGGCCGCCGCCACCACUGCCGAGGAGGCCAUGUCCGUGUCGUCGUCGCGGGAGAUCGGCGCGCCGCCCGCUGACCUGGGCGCCGCGGGGGGGGCGGCGCCAUUGGGUGGCGACAAGGCGGCGGUGGGGGCAGAGGGCACCAGCGAGGACUCUGCUAGAGAAUCUGAAACCUGGGCGGCCACCGUUCCCCCUGAGUGGGUGCCCAUCAUCCGGUGUGACAUGAUGACUCAGAGGAAGAUGAAAGCGCAACCACCGCUUUCCGACGCGUACUUGCACGGCAUGCCGGCCAAACGCAGGAAGACGGGACUGGGCGGCGGGAGCCUGGUGUCGCUCUCGGACGCCGUGAGCCAGGCGGCCAGGACGGCAGGAGCGAAGCCCAUCACGUCCGGUGAGCGUUUGCAGGAAGAGCUGGACGCACCCGAGCUGAGGGAAGCUUACUCGGAGCAAGUGAAAGCAGACAUCAAAAAGCGAGUGCAGGAUGACGGCGACUUCAGCGCUCAGCAGUUCCCAGACACACACAGAGCCUUCUUGUCAGACUCAUAGUACGCUUGUCGUCGUGGUCCUCGCCGACCCCCCAUUCCCUCCACCUCCUUCUCUUCUCCACUUAGUCCAGUGCUAACGACAGGAUGCUAAUAGUGCCUAUUUAUUAUUGUUCUGCUCCCAAUUGUUCUCAAAAUUCUGAUUUGAUUUGACUGAGGCCGCUUUAGUCGCUUUUGUUUAUUUUUGUGUGUCCCCGCACUCCCUUUUUGUUGAUGAGCCAUUUUUGACUUGAGCCGUCUUCCUCUCAGCCGUCGCUCGAGACUCGUUUCGUACACAAAUGUACAGUAAAACCUUGAUUUUAAACAACCAAAUUGUCAAGCUAUUUUACAGCGUAGACAAAAAAAUAUGAAUUGCUUGUUUCAAAUGUUGCAUUUUGCCACCAGAAGGCGCCACAGUAUUCCAGUUUUGCGCUCUCCAAUGCUUGUCAACUUUCAUGGGACGAACAUCAUGUUUUUCGUACAUGAUUGUACAGUAAUGCUUAAU